AUGGCGCAGGACGAGGCGGCCCAUGGAGCCCCUUGGCGCACAGCUCAGGGGCGUGGCGGCGGUGGCCCUGUGUGGGCAUGCGCGGCCACGCGGGCGUGCGGGUUCGCCAACAACUUCGCGACCCGCGAGACCUGCUGGGCCUGCGGCCUCGACCGCCAGGGCCGGCCUACGGGAGCCAAGGGGGCCCGCCAGCCCACCAGGCCGCGCUCGGCGUCCAGGCCUCGCUCGCUGGGCGCUGGCGGCGGUCGCCAUCUUCGCGGCGCUCCUCCUGGGGCUGGCGGCGGGGGCACCGCGGAGUCCAACGCGGUGGCCAAGUGCCGUAAGGCCCUCAAGGCGCUGCGCAGCAUCUAUGACGAAGAGCACUCCCUCGUCGUGGCUGCCAAGGCCGAGCUCAGCCAGGCCGAAGCACAAGAGCGGGCUCACAUGGCGCCUGCCGACGUGCUCCGCUCGGCGCUGGACAGGCAGGCAGCGCGUGAAGAGGGGCGUGCAAAGCUCCAGACGGAGGUCGACGCCCUGGCAGCCCAACUCAAAUCGGCCACCGACAGGCUGGACCGCGUCAAGCUGCAGCUUGUGGAGUCCAACGAGGAGGUGGCGCAGGCCCAGCUGGCCAAUGCGGCACAUACCGCACCACUGGGCGGCGAUGCGGCAUCUUCGGUGGCGGCGCUUCAGCAACUUCUCCAGACAGCCCACAACUCCAUCCAGCAGGGCCAGGACCGCAACAUCGUGGGCGGUGCCAUCCUGGAGCAGCUGGUGGGACACGUGCGCACGCCGGGGGACGCAAUGCCGAGGCCGUCUCCGCCAGGCCAGACGGCGAUGGAGGUUGAGGCCUUUCGCACCGCGGGCGGGCAGCCCGCUGGCUUCAUCGUCGGGUCGGCGUACAUGGAGUCGGUCCCAGACCCCGACUUUCUCACCGCUAACUAUCAGAAGCUCAUGCGCAUCGCGGAGAGCAUGCGCUACUUCUCCGCCCCUUUCAUUUUCGCAGGUGACUGGAACACGGAGCCUGCCAACAUGGAGGUGCUGGGCUUCUUGCAGAUCAUGCCUGCCAUUGCGGUGGCCACUCAAACGUCGGGCACUUGUCGUUCGGCAAAGACGGGCACUUACAGCACCAUCGACUACUGGCUGGCCUCACCUGACUUUGCGAAGGCUUGUGGCGUCCCCUACGUGCUCGACUCUUGGGUCCCGAGGCCCCACUAUCCUGUGCGCAUGGAUCUCGACGCGAAGCCCAGGGCGCACAUGCAGAUGCACCUGAAGGCGCCCAAGCCUUUCCCCAAGCAGGCGCCGCGGUGCUCACGGGCCAGUCCCUUGUAUGGACCGCCCAAAUUGCAACCCUACCUGGACGUGGUCAGGCAAGAUGCGGAUCUGGGACAACCUGAAGAUGGUGAUCAGGCACAGCGGCGGCUCGACGGCCUCCACGCCAACUUCAUCUCGUUCGUGGAGCAGGACCUCUGCCACAUCAACCAGGUGGACGUGCAGGAUCGCGAGAAGUAUUGUGGUAGAGCGGAAGCUCCUGCAUAUGUCUGGCGUCCAGCGGGAGGGCCCAUCCUCAAAGGGGCUCCAGCAGCUGGCCCCGAAGCCCGCUGCAUGCGCAACGUGACCUUCGCGCUGCAAGACCUGGCCGCUCAACUUGAAAGGGCAGAGCCAACAGGUCAUCUUUCGCCAGCUACCACAUCGGCUUCGACUUACUCAGGCGUCGUCGGCAUCGCGGGCUCCAGCUCUCAGUUGAAGUUUGAUGCUGGCAUGGCUGCGCAGCGGACGGCGCCACGUGAUCGUGACAAGGAUGCAGUUUCUCGCGUGACAUCUACUUAUUCAGGUGACGCCAACGACUCGGGCUCCAGCUCUCAUUUGAAGAUUGCAGUCGGCAUGGCUGAGAAGCGGGCAUCACCACGGCAUCGAGCAAGGCGGAGCCACAUGGACACGACGAAGGGCCAGAUCGAGGAGGGCUUCGCGACGAGAGAGGGCACGACGAUCAAGACCAAGGACAUCCACGCGACGGAGGGCGUGGUGCUGUUCGAGUGGGCUUGGCCUGUUCUACGUUAUGCGUGCAGACUGGAGGCCUCACAGUACAUCCUGUUUGUCAAAGCUCUCGCCCUGACCUUCGAAGGCCAUGCCAAGGUUCUCGAGCAGCAGGCAGCCAACAAGAGGGCCAAGAGCUUUCACAAGUGGGCCCAGGACGCGCUGAUCACAGGCGCCUCCCCAGUCUCCGGCAUGACCAAGCUGAAGGGGCGGGCGCACAAUGAGGUAGACAGGUUCGGUAUUCGCUCAGCGCUUCCUCAAGCAGUAGCAGACAGCCAGAUGGACAUGUGGAAUGACAUAUGGCAAGGUACAAAGGUCUCCAAAGCUGCGGAUAAGGACAUCAUCUACAAGGACGUGGGCAGCAUCACCUGUGCCGUCAGCCUCGGCGACAACGAGUUCGACGUCGAGCACAUUGCAGACAGCCAGGACGACCUGGUGAAGCUCAUCCGCACCCUACCAUGCGAGGCCAUGCAG